AUGCAGCGCACGCCGUUUCCUCCGCCUCAAAAAUCCCCCGAACUAUUUCAUCCGCGUCCGCAGCACAUCUCACAAGUACCUAUGAUGCGCUCGCCGCCUCCCCCAGUCUCUCAGCAGGCUUCGCAACCGCAAAUGAACAGCUAUGGCAAUCCAUAUCAGUCUCCGCCGGCAGGAAGCGGGGCCCAAGGAGGAGUAGGACCAGGAUUCGGACAAAGCUUCAAUUUCAUAAACGACCCGACUGCGCAGAUGGGAUUUCAAGUAGGCUCGCAUGCAAUGAAGGCUGGGCAAGAGUAUAUGGAACAAAAUUUAAACCGCUACAUCUCGGUGUCCGCACUGAAACACUACUUCAACGUCUCCAACUCAUACGUGGUCCGAAAACUGAUCCUCGUCCUAUUUCCAUGGCGCCAUAAACCGUGGACUCGACAGCAAGCCAGAAUGACCACAUCCUCCACAGGGGCCGACGGCACAAUGACGCAGCAGUCCUAUUCGUUCAACUACCUCCCACCGCGCGACGAUCUGAAUUCUCCAGACAUGUACAUCCCCACCAUGGCUCUGAUCACAUAUAUCCUUCUUUCGACCGUCCUCGCCGGUAUCAGGGGGUCAUUCCAUCCCGAACUGCUAGGCAGCAUCACCAGCACAGCGGUUUUCGUUGUUUUAUUUGAGAUCAUCGUUCUUAAGCUGGCUAUGUACAUGCUUAGCAUCAACAAUGACUCGCAGUUACUCGAUCUGGUGGCUUACUCGGGGUACAAGUUCGUUGGGGUGAUAGUCACGUUGUUCCUGAGUGAGGUGUUUACCGGAGGCAGUGGAACGAACAACUGGGUGGGCUGGACGUUGUUCUUGUACACGUGGUACGCGAAUGCUUUUUUCCUGCUCCGAUCGUUGAAAUACGUUCUACUACCCGACAGCUCUGGAGAUCCAUCCGCUAUGCGUGGCGGAAGCUCAUUCACCGUGGCAAGGGCUCAGAAGAAUCGGCGUACAUACUUUCUGGCCUUGUAUGCCUUUCUGGUCCAGAUGCUGUUCAUGUGGAUUCUCAGCAGAGAAGAGGCUGCUGUCAAGACUGUUGCCAGCAGAUUGAGCGGACCAAAAGUUUAG